UUUUCGCAUUGUGGUUUUGUUGUGUGUUAAUUUUUCAAGUGUUAUAAUUGUGUAUUACCGUGUGUUACAUCUUGUUUUAUAAUGUCGAAGAAAACACGCGGGCCGAAUUUUUCUUCAAACGAAAAGGAAAUCCUAAUUGAGUUAAUUACCAAAUUUAAAGAUUUGGUUGAAAACAAAAAAACCGAUGCCGUAACAUCGGCUAACAAAAACGAGGGAUGGCGUAAAUUAACAGAAGAGUUCAACUCUUUGAGCUCUUUCAGUGUCCGAAACACUGAACAAUUAAAAACUUGUUGGGACAACAUAAAACGCACCACGAGAAAGGAUAAGGCAAGGACUAAGAAAGAAUUGUUUUUAACAGGAGGAGGCAGGCCAAAUCUUCCACCAACAGAACCAUUCCUGGGCCAGGUAGAAGUGCUACUUGGGCCAACAUUAAGUGGACUGGAGAAUCCAUUUGAUUCCGAUGCCCAAUACUCGGAACAAGUUUUAUCAGAAAAUGAAAUUGAAGUACCACAAAAUGAACUGAUUGUGAUUCCAUCAAUACCUUUGGAAUCAGAUGAAUGCUCAAAGGUAGUACAAGAGAUUGAAUGCACUGGUCCGUUGGAGAUCUCAGAACAGAGAGAAGAUGAAUGUUCGAAUGCAGUACCAGAGUGCAAAGAUGUGAAAAUGUGGAAUGGUUGGUCACCGGCUGCAUUAAAAUCUAAAGUAUCUGACCCAUUGGUGCUAAAGAAAAAGAAAAGUCCAUCAUGGUUGCAGAGAAGACGACCGAAGGCUUCUAUACAGGACAAAUUACUACAAAGUAAAUUGGAAUUAGUGGAAAUUAUGAAAAAAAAUAAUGAAUUGGAUCUGAAACACAAACUUCUUCUACAUGAAGAACAAUUGAAACAGGAAAAAAUCAGAACCGCAAUAUUGGAGUUGCAAUUAAAAAAAGAACAAAACAGCUAAUUUGUAAGCAAAAACUUCCUAUGUUCUAUGAUUUUAAGUUUAAU